UUGGUCAUCCUUUAAUCCACACUCCCCAAUACAGCUCGCUUACCCGUACCAUAACAGAUGAGCGCUUCCAGACCGAAAUCUUCAAGAGUCAUUCAAAAACCACGAGGAAUAUCAGCUCUCGCCGCUAGGAUCCCCACUUCAGAAUCCACAAAGCAACAGUCCAAUGUCGGUGGCAAACGUAAAGCCCCGACUCCUGCGACCCGCAAAGGCACCCGACCUGCCUCCCCGAUAUCAGUUGCUUCGACAGUUUUAUCUGUGUCAGAUAAUGAUGAGGAUGAUGAAGAUGAGCUCGAAGAAGUUCCUAUACCUAUUGUUUCUAACGAAGUCCAAGGCGGUGACGAGGACGAAGACGAACAAGAUGGUGAGGAUGAAGAGAGUGAAGAUGACGAUGGCGUAAUUCAUCUGGAGAUUGGUGGAGAAACUGCGGAAGAGAAGGCAAAGCGCAUGGUUUUGGCUAAGAGGAAAAAACCAUUGACAGCAAGAGAUAGAGCACUGAGGUUAGAGGUCCACAAAGUGCAUGUUAUAGCUCUAUUGGCUAGUGCCAGCGUAAGGAAUAAGUGGUGUAACAACUCCCUCUUAAAAGCCCGUUUGCUCUCUCUACUGCCGCAUCCGCUACAAGCAGCUUUCAACAUUCCUCCUUCCCGCUUCCCUGAUCGUGCACAACGCUCUCGCCUAUUUUUCGAGGCUUUACAGUCUCUGGUCACGUGGUGGUCUCAGACAUUUUUCGAUGUGUCGGACUAUGCUCUAGGCUUGCGAACUCGUCCUUGGGACGAAGUCCAAGGCAUUAUAGAGUCAAUAUCCAAAGUACAUACUCCCUUUAGCCGGUCGCCUUCGGGUCAUGGUGACGGCGAAAAGAUCAAUAAAGCUGCAAGCAAGGGAAAAGGCAAAGCUGCUGCAAGUGAAGAACUGUCAGAGCAACUUGCCUUUGGAUCGGGUGCGGAGCGUCUUCGAUCGGUCAAUAGCCUUAUGAAGAAAGCGUUACAGCAAGAAGGAUCUCGGGAUGUUUCUGCUCAACUAUUUGUAGCUCUUGCUCGGGCAUGUGGGCUAGGUGUCAGACUUGUUACCUCACUUCAGGCAGUGCCAUGGAGAGCAGAAAAGGGUGCGACUAAGAAGAAGGCUGUAGGAGCUGGUAGAGGAGGCAGAACGUUAGCGAGCAGGCAGGGUUUAGGAGAUGAAGAUGAGGAUGACGACGAGGAUGAAAUGGAAGAAGUUCGCAUACCAGAUGACGUGGGAAGAUCCGUAGGAGGGGCUAAGAAUAAUUCACGAGAAGCUGGCAGUAGGCGAUUGAAAGAUCCAGCAGAUCUCUAUAGACUACGAAAAUACAAGCCUCCGGCUCGAAAGAUUGGGUCGCCAACUAAAUCCAAGCCGAAGGCAAGUCAGAGCCUUGCGGACCAGCCGCCUGUCUUUUGGGCAGAAGUGUUCAAUAGAUCGGACCAACGUUGGAUACCUGUCGACCCUGUGAGAGGCAUUAUCCGAAAGAAACGCGACUAUGAGCCGCCAACGGACAGCGGGCCGGUUAGAAUGCUGUAUGUUGUUGCUUUCGAGGAAGACGGUUACGCCCGAGACGUGACCCUUCGAUAUACCAAAAACUUCUAUGCUAAAACCAGUAAAUUACGAGUCCCUGCGAAACCAAACGAGCCUCAGUGGUGGAGUGAUAUAGUUAUGGGUUUCCUACGGAGACCGUAUCAUUUAAACCGAGACGAUAUGGAAGAUGCAGAGCUCGAGAUGAGUCAGAUGACAGAGGGUAUGCCAAUGCAUAUGAGUGGCUUCAAGGAUCACCCAAUUUAUGUUCUUGAACGCCACCUCAAGCGGGAUCAAGUGCUUAACACUGCCAAUCCCGUAGGUCGCUUCAAAGGUGAAGCAGUUUUUCGUCGUUCUUCAGUUCAGAACUGUAAAACGGCUGAGAACUGGAUGCGUUCUGGGCGCAAAAUAAAAGAAGGGCAAGAGCCCCUGAAGUGGGUCAAACAGAGAGCCGUGACGCUACAAAAGCGAAGAGCGCAGGAGCUGGCAAAGCAGGAAGGCGAGGAAGUAACUCAAGGACUGUAUGCGGAGUGGCAAACAGAGAUUUACAGGCCUCCGCCCAUUAGAGAUGGCAUAAUACCGAGAAAUUCGUUUGGCAAUAUUGACCUCUAUGCACCAACUAUGCUGCCCCUCGGUGCAGUCCAUCUACCUUACAAGGGUAUUGCCAAAGUUGCCAAAGGCCUCGGAGUAAGCUAUGCAGAAGCUUGCACUGGUUUCGAAUUCAAGAAGCAACGAGCGGUGCCUAUCAUUAAAGGCAUCGUAGUAGCAGCUGAAAAGAAACAAGAAGUCCUUGAUGCCUACGAAGAAUCUACCAUCGCUGCUGAAGAGCGCGAACGUAUGAAGCGGGAAGAUCGCGCUUUGAAACGCUGGUCCAAGCUUGUCAACGGUCUCAGGCUUCGUCUACGUCUUCAGCAAGAGUAUGGCUCGAAGGACAAGGUGAAUGAGACACCUUCGAAUCUUUUCGAAGGAGCCGGGGAUGAGGGCGAAAUGCGAAUAAAUCUCCGGGGAAAGAGUGCAAGAGAACUUUUGGCAGCUGCGCAGCAUCAGAGCACCAAAGAUUGGGAAGAGAGAGUUCGGAGAGAAGAUAUCAGCAUGGAGGAGGAGGAUGGUAUGAUGCCUGCCAUGGCCGUUGAGCGCGAGUCAAAUCAGAUUCUACUGGGCGAUUUCCGCGCUCCUAGUAGUGCCAUUUCGGAAGUCACUAACGUCACUCCCUCGGCGGAAACACCGAGGAUCAUGCUUCGAUUUAAAAACACCUCCUCUCCACAAUCAGCCGCUCACGCCGCUUCCGAAAGUCGAAGUGGACUCACUUCUUCUCAAAAGAGGAAAGCGAUGAUUUCGGGGACGAUUGAAGCUGUUGACGAUGAACAGUUUGAGGAUCCACGGACAACAAAAGGGGACAAAACGAUGGCAUUACCGGAGCCUGUGGCGAGUACGACUAAUAUGCGGACGUUGAGGAGCACAAGAGCGAGGACAAGAGAGCAAAUGAAGGCCAACCAGGCAAGGGAGGAUAAAAUCAGACAAGCUUAGAAGAGUGACACUGAAAAUGAUAUAUAAUAAUGUUGAUUUAUAAUAAUGUUGAUAUAUAAUAGUGUUGAUAUAAACAUUUAACUUGGCGAAAGCUCAGCUUUUAUGUCGUGGUUAGUGUAAAGGGAUUAAUGGGUAUUAGUUUGGCAGAUUCACAUUUACAUGGCUAUUA